AUGCCUCCCGUUAACAACGGUGCCCUGGCUUCAGCCGGCGUUAUUGCUGUGUCUGUCGCCGUAGCAGCUGCUAUUGCCAUUUACGAGUCACCCGAACUUCGACGGUAUGCCGACGACAUACGGAGGCGUAUCGCAGUUGCACUGCAUUCCCUGGGCGAGGGUAUCGAGCCCGGCGACCGUCCGCCCAUGUUCAACCGCCCUGAGGAUGCCCAGGGCUUCCUAGAGUCCCGUGGAGGAGUCGACGCCGGCGUGGACGCCGAUGAUGAAACCCGCCGCCGCCAGCGCGAGGAACUGAUGUACUGGAAUGCCGUGCACCUGGCCAAGAAGGAGAAGGAGAUUGUCGAGGCCGAGGAGUCGGGUUCGCCGGAGCGGCCGCCACCCGGGCCUACACGGGGCAGGUCUUUCGACGACUUUAUGCAGCAGGACUACAACGGCGAGAAGGGAUCUUUUGUCUUCAAUUCGGGCGCAAACGUCUAUGACGACGAGGGCCUUGUUCGCCGCCGCCCCGAAGGUGUCCGGGGUCUGAACUCCUCCCUCUAUGCCAACCCAUUUGCCGACGAGCACCAAAUCGACCAGGACGAGCUGCCGACGUUGGAAAAUUCGACCCACGCUUCUCCUGGCCGUGACGCGGCCGCGUCAGACAUCUACAGUGCUACCACCCGUGACACCGACGAAUCCCCUCGAGACAUCGCCACCGCCGCUGCCACCCCUGCUCAUAUGCCUCCACUGGUCGACCUCGCCGAGGCCCCUUCAGAGUCCGAGAAGUCUGCAACUCUCGAUCGCGAGCUCGGCCCCGACGAGUACAUGACUGCCGGCCAGGAAAACCGCGAGGAGGCCUACGCCUCCAUCCAGGCCUGGGCUCAAGGGUCCUCCACCGCCUCCAACUUCUACUCCCCGCUGCCCAUGUCGCCUCCCGUUCCCAUGUCCGAGCCCGAGCUUGUCAGCGAAGGAGAGCUCACGCCCACCGACUCUGCCUCUCUCGUCGGCUCCGGCGAGGACGUUGCCGACGAGGCCGCCUCAUCGAGGGCUGGCGACAACAGCCGCUACUACGACGUACUGAGCGAGAGCGAGGGCAUGAUGACCCCUGCGAGCUGGUCUGAGGUUGGCAGCGUCGUCAGUGAAACUGAGACCCAAAAUGUGGCUCGAGCCGGUGCCCACGCAUAG